UCGUUCGUUCGUUUCUCAUCGUGAGAUCCAGCCGUCAAAAUUGUCACCCCCGCUACCGCGCGACCAACACACUCUGGUCACGACGCACGCACGACGCACCGAUCCCACUGAACUGCGAGACGGACGAGAUUCAAAAAAAUCGAUUUUUCUGUUUUGCGCGACAGCUUUCUUGGUGCUAAAAAGUCCUGCAGUUUCAAGCGUGAAAAAGUUAAUUUUCUGGAUCAUGGAUCCUUAAAAGCAACCAAUCUACACCGUGACUCGGUACAGUUUGAUUCAAGCGUGUCAGUAAUCGCAAAAGCUGGUUUAAAUCGCUUGUCUGCCCGAAAAAGAAACGGAAACGGAAGAUGAGCAGCGAUGAGGAAAUUUUGGUAGGCGAAUUAAAAGUUGUGUACGAAUUUGUGACGCGCGCCAAGUUUCGGAAGGCUUUCUGUGCCCUGCAGAAAAUUCUGCAGCAAAAAACACCGGACCUGGCGGAAGCAGAUACCAGAACUGUGGCCACGGCCGCCACCGCUGACAAGGACUCGCUGGAGGAGCUGCUGCUGUUCGUGGUCAGCAAGUACGCCGACCAGUUGGAACUGGAGGAAAAGUUCCAGCAGGUGUUCGAAGUUAUCGAGCAGGGCUUGGAGUUGUUCCCGGAGCAUCCGGAGCUGCUGAAUGAAACCGGAGUGCGUUUGCAACGCUAUGGCCGCUCGUUGGAAGCGUCGAUCUGUUUCGAACGGGUCCUCCUGCAGGACCCCAAGUACUUGAAAGCAUACCAAAAUCUCCAGAAUACCAAGUGUGAACUGGUCGAGCGAUGGCACUUUCGGAUGCUGAACGACGAGGUCCGCAACGCUGCCUACCGGGCGGCCAUUCAAAAUCAAAUCAAGGCCGGUCAUGGGGAGGUGCUGGACAUUGGAACCGGGACCGGUCUGCUGUCGUUGUAUGCGCUGAACUGCGAGGGCAUCCAAAAGGUGGCUGCAUGUGAUGGUUCGGAAAUUAUGGUGCAGAUAGCGCGGGAUGUGUUUGGGGCGAACGGGCUUAGCGAUAGGAUUUGUCUGUUCCAAAGUUUCUCGCAGGAUUUGAAGAUUGGUGACAAGUUUUCGCUGAUCGUGACCGAGACGCUUGAUUCUGGAGCCUUCGGAGAGGGGAUCCUGGAGACAUUGAUACACGCGAAGAAGAGUUUGCUGCUGCCAGAGGGGAGAAUCAUUCCCAGUCAAGUGAUUUUGUAUGUGUCCGGUUAUAGAUCGCGCACAUUAACCGCAAGCAAUAUUCUGAUCAACGAAGCAUUUAGCAAUGAUUUUAAUCUACCGAGCAAUUGUUUGAUUUCACGCGAGGGAAUCAAAUGUUACGAUGCGGAGGAUGUUAGUAGAAUUAGGGCGAACGACGACUUCGAUUUCGUCACGGACACCGUCUGUACAAUGACAGUCGAUUUUAAUGACCUUGAGUGCUUGGAGCGAUGCCAGGAAGGUUUGGAAGAGUGCAAGUUUGAAUUAACUUGUUUGGAUGAUGGCAUUUUAGACGGAUUUGUUGUUUGGUUCGAUCUCAUGUUGGAUGAAGAGAAUAAAAUAAGCACGGAUCCAACGACCAACACCUGUUGGAAUCAAGCUAUAUUUAAACUGAAUCAAAGGCUCUCCGUUGCCAAGGAUCAACAACUUGCUUUGACGAUGUCCUGCAAAGAUGGGGCCUUAUCAAUAUCCCAUAAUCUUAAUUCUAUGGAUAAUCAAACCUGCAUCGAUGAGCACGUGUUGGAGUUUCUCAAUGACUGUGAAUAUUAUACAAAAUUAACCACUGAUGUAGAAGCACUAGAAGAUCUCGAAAAAGUUCUCGAUUUAUCCCUAUUUCCGUAUGCAGGGCUAAAGCUCCUCAAAGAAGGGAAAACCUCCAUGCUUUUUUGCUUGGAUCAAGCUGAAGAUCUAAUUGAGUUUAUCGCUAAUCAAAAUGACAUUCCAAUGUCUGCCAUUAUGCUGUUGAGUUCUCUUCCCGAAGUAUUCCUCCUCAACGAUUAUACUCUGGACCUGAUCAUUCUUCAACCAGUAGAUGUAUUCGGCCAAAUCAACAGCGAACACUACUGUCAGUAUCAGUCCCUUUUCCCGAAACUCAAACCCACCGGAUCCAUAAUCCCCUCACAGGUGGAACUUCUUGGCAGCGUUAUUCAAUCCGAUUGGAUCGUCAAAUGCUGCCGGGUGCAGAAUCCUGAAUUGCGCCAGUUCCACAUCGAUAGGUACCUCUCCACCUUGGAGACGGAAAACCACCUCGAUCUGGGUCCCUUCACCUACCGGAAUCUUUCCGAACCGGUCAAGCUGGCCGAGGUACACUUCGAUGGAAAGCUUCACGAGGUUGAAACGGAACUGGCUCUCAAUGAACCGACAAAUCCGAAACAUAUCCAUGCCAUAUUGUACUAUUAUCAGAUAGAAUUUCUGCCGCAGAAGGAGUUUCUCAGCACCCAUCGGGUCCAGAGUUUCGCCAAGCAAUCGGCUUUUAUCAUUCCAAAGGAUGCAUUCCAACGUAACGUUUUAGCGGAAGUAGUAACAGAAGAAGGAGAGGAAGAAGGCGAUGAGAAUCAAAUCAAAGUGGACAAAGUCAAUAUUAAUAUUGUGCAGAAUCAUGGAGUUAUCAAGUGCGAUCUGCUUGACAGUCAGUAGGAACAAUGUUCUAUACAUUUAGUAUUAUUAUAUACAACAGUAACAUACCUUUACAACAGCAUGGCGUAGAUAUUAUUAUUAUUAACACUUGCACCUCUUUGAAAAAAGAUUUAAAUCUUUGAGUCCAAGACCAAAGUGAAGAGAAUUGAAUUAGUCAUUACCAAUUAGUAACGCAACAGUGAAACCCAAGCAAACACAAAAUACACUUUCCGAGGACCCUACCUAGAGUACCUGUAGUAUUGCAGAAUAGAAAA